AUGGACAAGGACAGCCAGGAGGAGGAAUGGUCACCGGACUGGCAGCUGGAAUCGUCAGGUGUGUGGGUGAUUGUGAGAGGUGCCAUCGUCAUCAUUGCAUCUGAUUGGAGCUGCCGUGUCAGCCCUGAGGGGGGGCAGGAAGAUGUGGAGGAGGAAGGGCUGGGGGGUGGGACAGAGAGGGGAUUGGAUGGGGACCCAGAGGGGGUGUGGUCUUCAGACAUUGAACAGAGCUUCCAUGAAGCCCUGGCCAUUUACCCUCCCUGUGGACGAAGGAAGAUCAUACUGUCAGAUGAGGGCAGGAUGUACGGUCGGAAUGAGCUGAUAGCUCGUUACAUUAAGCUGCGCACUGGAAAGACACGCACACGCAAGCAGGUGUCCAGUCACAUCCAAGUCCUGGCCAGGAAGAGAGUGAGAGAAUAUCAGACAGGAAUUAAGGCCAUGAACAUGGAUCAAGUAUCAAAAGACAAGGCAUUACAGAAUGUAGCUAACCUCUCCUCCGCUCAGAUUGUGUCUGCUAGUAUGAUGAAAUCCCAGCCACCCUACCCUCAACCUAUUAAGUCCUGGCCAGGUUCUCUCGCUGGACAACAUGAGUCUUCUCGGGACAUCAAGCUGUUUGCACAGUCUGCAUACCUGGUCCCUUUGUCUACAGGUUACGACCCUUCUCCUACCACUCAGGAAAAGGAAAUGGUGACGCCUGUAGCAUCCACAUUGUGCCCGGAUCGGACAAUUUCGUCAGACAAACUUUGUCUGCUGGAGUAUUCUGCUUUUAUGGAGACACACAGUGACCCAGAGACGGUCAGUAUUCACCAGUUUGUCCAUCUAGGGUUAAGGGUGGGGUCUAGUACAGGGUUGGGGGGGGGGUUAGGGGCAGCCAUAGAGCCAGUGGAUGUGAGGCAGAUCUAUGACAAGUUUCCAGAGAAGACUGGGGGAUUGAAAGAUCUGUAUGACAGAGGACCCCGCAAUGCCUUCUACUUGAUCAAAGUCUGGGCGGACCUCAGUUGCAGUGUAGAGGAGGGUUCCAUAGGGUUCUAUGGCGUCACCAGUCACUACAUUGGAACAGAGAAUGUCACUCUUUCGGUCUCCACCAAGGUCUGCUCCUUUGGAAAACAAGUAGUGGAGAAGGUGGAGACAGAGUAUGCCCAUAUGGAGGGAGGGAAGUGUGUGUAUCACAUCCAGAGGUCUCCCAUGUGUGAAUACAUGAUCAACUUCAUCCAUAAACUGAAGCACCUCCCUGAGAAAUACAUGAUGAACAGUGUACUGGAGAACUUCACUAUACUACAGGUUGUAUCUAACAGAGAGACACAGGAGACUCUGCUCUGCAUCGCCUUUGUGUUUGAAGUGUCCACUAGCGAGCAUGGAGCUCAGUACCAUGUCUACCGUCUGGUUAAAGAUUAGUCCUCUCUCAGAGAGCUCAACUGAGCAACCUGAGUUUAAAUGUUAUUCUAGGUGCUAACCAAGACAGAGACAAUUCUACAUGAAUUCUGCAUUCUGUGCCCCUAUUCCAGUCAUUUAUGUCUGGUGUUCAUCCUCUUAUUUUUUUCUGCUCUAAGCAUCGGAAUACCUGGAACACUUAUGUCAAGAAUUGUUCUUACAAAAAACGGCCUGAACAUUUGUGAUCUCUGCAUUCAAAAACAACACUAUUGUGACUUGCAUUCUAAAACAUCACUAUCAUUGUGCUAAAAGUUUAAAAUCCACGCUAUCAAAACCUUUAUGUAUGCAUUCUUAAAACGAAACACUACAGGAAAGCUGUUGUGAUGUUACUAUUU